CUGACCCUGAGGAAUGGAAAUAGAAAUAGGUAGACAAAUUUUAUAUGGUCUUGAACAGAAUAUGCAUCUUUUAUACGCGAUCAAAACAUAGAGACAUGCCAUCCAUUAUCAAUCUGGGCCAAGAUGUUCCACGUGGACUUCAGAGCCCUUAUCUUAGCGCGAUCAGCGUGCAUUAGCUUUGUUUAUGCCCAUUGCCUAAAGCGGCAAUUCGACGUCAAUGUAAACAACAACAUCAGCGCCGAUGAACUACCAACAACUCCGUGACAGCAUUCGACCCCGAUAUAGGCUGAUUACAUUGAUUUGAGACCAAGUAUCACUAUUCUUUUGAUGCUUAUACAUCUAGCCCCGCUCCUCCUACAGGAUUAGCUGAGAUCUGUAAUAACCAGGCACGCAUUCCUUCCCCGUCCCCGAGGGUAGGUACAGGAAGCCGGCGUGGACGUUUCGAUUGCGCCCCAAUAUUCCCACCAUGCCCGCUCGAGUUUCUGCCCGGGCCUCUUCGGCGACGUCUACUCGCAAGUCUUCAGCCCCGCCCGCUGAAAGAAGUGCGCCGUCUGUAUUCAUCCCACCAGAGCCCGCGCUGCCUACCUCGUCUCCACAUCUCCGGAAAAGCAUAGUCGAGAUUUUCUCAGAUGCGCAACGUUCAGCAACCGGCCAUAGGAAACUCGUUGUACGGUUAAGGAAGAUACAAGAAGGUUGUUGUGGAUUGCGACGGGAGAAGACGAAAGGGAAGGGAAGCAAGCAGCAUGAAGAGUCCAUAAACGAUGGCUUCACUGCUGACGACGGGGUGGCGGAGAAGGAGUUUAAUAUUGAGGUUUCCAGAUGCAUGCUGAGAAUCCUCGGGGUUAAAAAGACAGAAGGGGCGGCAGAUCGGGUCAUUAAAUUCCUCGGGACUUUCCUAAGACUAGCUUCCGAGAGAGAUUUUGAGGUGUUCCUUCAGGGAGACCCAGAUGAGACUCAGUCUCUACCAGAGACCCCUACUUCCAGGCUGAUAUUCAGCAUUGUGUCAACCAUGAUUCCACUCCUCGCGGCCAAGGAGAGGAUUAUCCGAUAUCGAACAACGCAGAUCGUGACUCACAUCGUCAAUUCACUAGAUUCUGUGGAUGAUGAGCUAUAUCACCUUAUCCGACAAGGUUUAGUCAAGCGCAUCAGAGAUAAAGAACCCUCCGUGCGCGUCCAGGCCGUCAUGGGCCUUGGGCGACUCGCCGGAAAUGAAGACGAAGACGACGAAUCGAGCAAGAACGAUGGGGCAGCAGCGCUCCUGGAUAGACUACUGGAUGUCCUUCAAAAUGAUACUAGCGCUGAAGUGCGACGCACGUUGCUUCUUAACCUUCCAUUAACGCCAACAACCCUACCUUACCUUCUAGAACGGGCCCGAGACCUGGAUGCACCAACACGGAGAGCAUUAUACUCGCGUCUACUUCCACAAUUGGGAGACUUUAGACAUCUCUCCUUGUCCAUGAGAGAAAAACUACUACGAUGGGGAAUUCGGGAUCGCGAUGACAAUGUCAAGAAGGCGGCUGGUAGGCUAUUUUACGAACGUUGGAUCGAGGAUUGCGCUGGGCGGCCCGAAGCUGAAGAAGAUGGCCAACAACCCACAGACAAAACUGCCCCACCCAGCAUGCCCGCGCUGAUGGAGCUUCUAGAACGGAUAGAUGUUGUGAACUCUGGAAUCGAGGGUGGAAUUGCUCAUGAGGCCAUGAGGAUCUUUUGGGAAGGACGCCCUGACUACCGUGAAGCAGUUGAUUUCAAUGAGCAAUUCUGGGAAUCUCUCACACCGGAAACAGUGUUUAUGGCACGAAGCUUCAACCAGUUCUGCAAGGAAGAGGGUGAUGGUAAAUAUCACGAUUUGGUGGAUGAAAAGAUUCCCGAAGUUACUGCACUGGCUUACUACCUCCAUAAGUAUACGGCUUCUCUUUUAGACAGGCUGAAUGGACCAGCAGAGGAUGAGCGCGCGGAAGAAGAAACCGUCGAGUGCGAAUUCGUUGUUGAGCAACUCCUGCAUAUCUGCCUUACUCUUGACUAUAGUGACGAAGUUGGCAGAAGAAAGAUGUUUGCUCUUCUCAGAGAGACAUUAGCAGUCCCUAAUCUCCCAGAGGAGGUAACAAAACUUGUCGUCGAGGCUCUGCGAGCGGUUUGUGGUCCCGACGCCGCUGGUGAAAGUGAGUUUUGUGGUGUCGUGCUCGAAGCUGUAGCAGAAGUCCAUGACACGAUCGUGUCAGAGGAUAGCUUUGUCUCCGCGAAGUCGGAACAGAGUGAGGAAAGUAGGAAAUCUAAGCGGAAUCGAUCCGAGACCCCUGGCGAUGAAGAUGAGGAAGAUGAGGAUGAUAGUGAAGAGGUUCCGUUUAACAAGGAAGAGGCUAAAGCCAAGCUUCUUCGCGAGAUUAUGGUGAACAUGAAGUGUCUUUAUAUCGCGCAAUGUAUGCUUCAAAAUGUUGAAGGCAACUUGCAAGACAAUAUGCACCUAGUUACCAUGCUGAACAAUCUGGUGGUCCCAGCAGUCAGGAGCCACGAGGCCCCUAUUAGAGAGCGUGGACUUCAGUGCUUGGGCCUAUGCUGUCUAUUGGAUAAGACGCUGGCUGAAGAGAACAUGAGCUUGUUUAUACACUGCUACACGAAAGGCCACGAGGCUCUGCAAGAAACAGCGAUCCGCAUUCUUGCCGAUAUCCUCACAACGCAUACUUCAAUCCUUCUACCAGUUCAAUCACCAAAUGAAAGCAACUCUGUCAUUCCUCCCCCGUUUCAAAAGCCAUUGCUCAGAGUGUUCGCCAAGUCAUUGAAAACCAGUUCCCCGCCAAUUGUCCAAACGGCGGCUGUCACUGCAUUGGCGAAACUAUUGCUUACUGGAACCUUAUCCCCGUCCGGCCCUAAUGUGCCCUUAUCGAUCAAAGAGCUGAACGAGAACUCCAUAGAUGCCCUCCUACAAGCUCUCGUUCUCUCAUUCUUCCAUCCCCGGACGCGGGAUAACCUAGCUCUCAGACAAGCACUGACGUACUUCCUGCCCGUCUACUGCCACUCCCGCGCUGCAAACGCUCAACACAUGCGUAAAAUUGCUGUGCCGGUAGUUCACUCAGUCUUAACUGCUGCCGAUGAUUUCUAUGCCUUAGAAGCCGAUGAAGACAGCGACGGAGAGAUCGAUGAAAGUGUCGGUGAAAAGGAAGUCAAAUCUCUCAUGUCGAAUGUUGUAGGCAUGCUUGCGGAAUGGACAGAUGAACGACGAAUCGUCGGAUUAGGUGGUGAAGCGCAACUUCCUGGGCUCUCUACCGCCACUAACAUCGCCGCAUUCCGGCCCAGCGACAGCCUCCAUCUAGCCCUGAUGCGGGAUGUCCUCCAACGCCUCCUCGGAGUGGGCUCGACGAGUGCUUCUACCAAAGAGGAGAAAAAACAUCUACUCUCCCUACUGAGCAAACUACACGUUCCAUCCCCACCUACACCUCCAACCGCGCCUUCACGGUCCGGAUCACGCGUACCAGAUGGUGUAGAUGAUCAUGAGAGUCUCCGCUCUAGCAUGCGCUCCAACAAUCUCACCGGCCAAGUUCAGUUCGCUUCCGAUGAUGAUGGGGGGUUACCGCUCCUUGUGAAGGAUCUACUAGACCAGGCGAUCUCCUCUGGCGUCGCGAGCGAUGCGACAGGCAGGAAUGCACUGGUUAAAGCGAAGAACGCGGUCUUAAAGCUUGUCGCUGCGGCCACCGCGGCCGCGGCAUCUAAGACGCAUACAAGCCGGGCUGUUUCUGUGACUAGUGCUAUAAGUCAUAGUAGUAGCGGUAGGCGGGAGAGUGGAAGGAGUCGAGGAACCAGGGGAAUGUCGAGGGAGGGUUCGGUGGCCCGUUCUGUGGCUUCUAUGGCUUCUAUGGCUUCUGGGGCGUCCGUGGCUAUCAAGAGAGAGCGCGGAGAUGAUGGUGAGAGCAUUUUAAGUGUGGUUCAGAGCGAGGCUGGGAGUGUGGAUGCGGGUAUGGAUGAGAGUCGGACGGAAGCUGGGGAGGGUGAUGAUACGAUCAUUUCUCGGAGCUCUGGCGGUGGCGGGAGGAAACGCGAGAGUACUGUUGAUACGGGGACGGAUGUGUUUACUGAUGCUGAGGGGUGAGCAGGGGAGGAUAUUAUGUUGAUAGUAGAGGAUUGUGACCCCGUUUUUGUUUUAUUUGGACUUUUAAAGCGGAUUCCUGGCCGGAAGACAUGAGGGUUUACUUUAUCUUUAUUUGGUCUCUUCUAUUUAUCUUGUCCUUUGGUUUUAUUUAUUGGCAACACCCGUCGCUUUUUUCUGCUGGUAUUGGUUCUGUCUGGUCUUGAUAAUCUCUGGUUUAAUGCGGUAUAUAUAAUGAAUGGAUACCUGAUUUCAAUUUACACAUCCAUUUUAGCUUCUGGCCUUAGCUUGAUAUUUUACGAUCUACAUACCGCCCCGGUAUCUCUCCGCAGAUGACGACGUGGUGAAGCUCAAGCGCGUCCAUCACAUUCGCACUCCUACUUCACAAAGGGUAUAUAUGUUAGGAGUGGCAGGGAAGGAUAAAACAGAAGAAUAGCCCUAGCUAUGAACGAGUUUAAUUGAGCAAUAGUUCAGUUCUGGGGAAUAGAUAAUAGAUAUAGAGCGGAGGAGGGAUGGGUUGUGCAUUUAAUAUAUGGGAUUUGAUGAUAGUGAGUUUAGGGGAAUAGGGGCUGGGGGAAGUCAAGAGGGGGAUAAUAAACAUGGGCUAGGCGAUUUUCUCAAUUUAGUAGGGAAGAGGAGAUAUGGGAGUGAGAUAGAGGAUAUAUAUAGAGAAAUAUGGGGCUGAAGCGGGGGGAGGAAGAAAGUCAACCUCGAACACACAACAUAGAGAGGGAGAGAGAGAGAGAGACAGCGGAGGGAAGGAGAAAGGAUAGAGGAAGCUGCAGCAACAAAAUAGUCCGAUAAAAGCUGUUAGUCAAUCGAUCAGGAGGGUGGGAGGGAAAGGAUUGGGGGCUCUAGAGUAUAGUACCGUGUCGCUAAUGACCAAGAAAAGGAGAAAAGAUAAUAUAGAAAAAAACAAUUGUAGGA